AUGUGUACUAAAAACGUUUCGUCCCCAGGAACAGACACGACCACGGGCUCUCCUCUCUCUCCCUUUCCUCCUGAUCCCAGCCGCCAGGAGGCGCACGACCUGCGUGACGGUCGAUCCGGUGCCGCGCCGGCCGCCUGCCGAUGUCCGAUGCCGGUGAUCGGACCACACUUCACCACCGGUCUGCCUCAGCUGAUCCUUUCCUUCGCACGCCCGAGCUUCUUGUUGUACGCCGCCCAAGAGGGCUCGCGCUCGCCGCUCGACCAGAGCCACCGCCAGCUGGUCCGGUGCCGCGCCGGCCGCCGGCCGAUGGAUGACGGAGGUGAUCGAAGCACCCUGCACCACGAGUCUGCUUCAUCUCCUCCUUUCCUUCGCGCGCCUGAGCUCCUCGUUGUAUGCCGCCCGGGUGGGCUCGCGCUCGUCGCUCUACCAGAGCCACCACCGGCCGGUCGUCGCUGCACUUUCCCGCGACCUCUCCGCCCCCUCUGCACCACCCUCCACCUCAAUUUAGACGCACAUGUGUUUGUGGAUGUCCUCAGUUAUUGUUUGCACACAAGGUGUUUGUGUGUUUGUCCUAGCCAGUUUCAGUCACAGAUCCUUGAGAGACAAUUAGAUUUUGGAAGCAGGAAUCCUUUCCUCAUAAGAUGGAUGAGCUGUAGGAUUUGAUUCUGUUCAGCUUGGAUUAGUUUUUCAUCAUUAUGUUCUUUGUAUUAGGUAUUCAUGCUUUCCAGCUCUAAUUUUUUUUGCAUUGUUGGUGUAUGCUGGGAGUCACAUUGCUAUGCAUGCUAGCAAACAAUAGGAUUGGAAGUCUUACCCUGUAGGUUAUUAAUAUAUUUUCCACUAUACUGAGGUUCAGCAAUUUAAUUCGUAUUAAGGUCACACAAGCAGUUUGGUUUUCAGAUUUGUAUUGACAAACAUAUUUGGUUCAGCAAUUUAAUUCGUAAUUAGAGUCACACAAGCAGUUUGGUUUUUAGAUUUGUCUUAACAAACAUAUUUUGCAGAUUAUCCUUGCAUAAGCAAUUGAUUUCUGCAAGUUCCUUUCACUUAUUUAUUUCUUCACUUGGUUAUGAUGUACUGCUAUUCGUUUUCAUGAUGAUCCAUGCAUUUUGUACUUUUCACUGACAAAAACUUCUGUCUAAACAAGAUUGGUUCCCAUUGUUACAGUGAAGUAGCUACCGAGCAGUGAGGCCAUCGAGCGACACGAGACCGCGGGACGGCGUGAG